CAUCCUCAUCGCAAUUGCCAACCAACCCAUUGCCCCUCCAACACACGUCAAAAUGCCUCUUCUCGGAAGGAAGUUCCCGGCGCAAAUUGCCAAGCCCAUGUGGCCUUUCUACGUCUCCGGCCUUGUCAUCCUCUACGGUGUCAACUCUGCCGCGAACGCCAUGGCUCAGGCCGACGAGUACAAGAACGACCCGCGAAACCCCGCGCUCAAGAACCAGUCAGCAAACCACUAAGCCUGGAUCUGUGUGAUGCGGGAGCAGGCUGUGAACAGGUGAAGGCUCUCAGAGGCAAUGUACAGUAGCUGGCGAUGGGAAAGCAAUGGAAAUGUCGCAUGGAGACGGCCAUAUAGAUUUUGCCCAAUCGAUCCCGGUCAACAACUCGCUCGAGCCUCUUUUGCCCUCGGUGCGGACUGCAAUGCGCUGAGAACAGGUCACGGUCCAUGUAGCAAAGGCAUGUUGCCGGCGAGAUUGCGAGAGGCAUAGUUGGAGCUGGGGCAUGCGCUGCCAAGGGCUCUGGAAAC